CAACUUAUUGCAACCGGAAAAAGGAAUACGCCGGAAACCGAAUAUCCAAAUAAACAGACAAAAAAAGCAACAGCUGGUUAAAAUCCUUGAAUUUCAGAUUUUUAUUUUCCAUUAAAAAUAUAUUUGUGUAUAGACAACAUAAGCUCUUUCUCAAAACUAUACUAACUUAUAUAUUAUUCCUUAUUUCGCUGUAUUAUUUUGCGCAUUUAUUUUUAUUGAUCAAUUUUAAAAUUAUUUUUAAUGCCAGAGGAGAUUUUUAUUUGAAUAAGAUGUAUUGAGCUAAGUGUUCUCUAAUGUAAUUUUGAAUAAAAAUUAUUAUCAGCAAUAUGACUGAAUAUAAUGAUUUUUUCAUUAUCUAAUUUAUAAAUUUGUUGUCUUGGAACAUCAUGUCGAAAUUUCAGAAACUUGAAGAAGACUAUUUGUCUCUUUUGGCUGAGUUUAACACGUUAAAGUGCAAACUGGAAUGCAAAACAGAUUCUCUAUUAAUAUUAAGCCAGGAAUUAGAAAAAUGUCGAUCUGAAAGAGACCAAUAUAAAUUGAUGGCUGAUCAAAUAAGAGAUCGAUACAAUGCUUUAAAAAGAAGGAUAGAAGGAUGGGGUCCUUCUUUAAUGGAAGUGUAUGAUGUAGAUGGAUUGAAAUGUGAGAAACAAAAGAGCUUAGCGCAGUUGUUAUGUGAAUUGAAAGAGCAAAACAAAAUUCUGAGGUAUAAAAAUGAAGAUUUAAGACAGAGAUUGGACGAUACACAGGGGGAUGUUAAGAUUUUACGGGAGGAAAUUACAAAACUAUCUUCAGAUUCUGGUAAUGAGUUUUGGUCAUCAGAAUUUGUGCCUUUCUCUGAAAAAGAGGCAUUGGUAACCCAACUGGAAAUCCAAAAGUUAAAGUGUUUACAACUAACUCAAGAUCUAGAAUCAGUGUUUGAUGAAAAAGAAGAAUUGGUUACAGCUAGAGAUCAAUAUCGACAUAAAUUUGAAAGGUUAAAUCAACAGAUGAAUUAUGUUUUAAGAGGUGAUCAAAAAAGACCCAUUGAUAUUGACGGUGUAUUAAUGGAAAACAGAUACUUAAUAGAAAGGAUAAAACAAGUUGAAGAAGAAAAGACAGUUACUUCUGCUGCUCUUGAAAAAUGCAAACUUUUGCUCGAGAAAAAAAGAGUAAAAGGUGGAAUGAGGAAUUCCAUAAUGGCAGGGCUUACAAUAACUGCUAAACAAGAUUUUAGAAUUGAAACAUUACUUCAGAACAAUCCAUUCUUAGAUGUGUCUAGCAAGUCCUCAAAUGCUGCUGAAAUUCGUAAUGUUAUUAUUACCUUACUGGAAAAUUUAAACGAUAAAAGUGUGGCUUUACUGCAUCAACGGAAAGCAAACAAAAUUCUUGGAAGCAGGAUAUCAGAAUUGGAAGAUCGAAUUAAAUCAAUAGAAGUUACAAGUUUCUGUCAUAAUUCUGAUUCUAAUCAAUAUUCCCUUCUUUUGCAUUCACUGAAAUCUAUAGAGAUGCCUCCAGAUGGUAAGGAAACAGUUGGCAUGACACUUCCAUGUCCUGAAAAAGCUCUUGAAGGGGAGGGAGAUAUAUCCGGAAACCCUCCCGAUGAUCAAAGUCUGAAAAGUGACGACCAGUUUUCUCCAUCUGAAAUAAGUUUAGAUAUGAGAACUCAUUCUGGUUUCAGUGAUUUAGACAUUCUUCCAACUAAAGAGUUUACAUCAUCAGGGUUAGCAUUUGAAAGACAAGAAAGUGUUAGUAGCUGUAGCCACUACAGUGAUUCAAAACUUAGUUAUGAUUCUCUUUCCCCAAGUCGUGAUCCAAAAAAUGUGCAUAGUGACUCUGACCUCAGCCCCAUGAAAGCGACUAAAAAAACGCCUUCAUAUUCUGUAAAUAGUGAUCGCCGUGAUUGGACGUCAUUAGAUGUAGAGGAUUUGCCUUUAAAAUUACAGAAAUUUGUUGAAAAUGCAUUUUCUGAAAUUGAAAAAAAUUCUGAAAGUGACACUGUCGUGAAAAGUCCUCUACGCAAAGCAAGAAAUGAAAGUGUGAAAAUAGAUCCCGAUUGCUGACAAGAAAUUAGUCAAGCUCAUACUGAAAAGAUAGCCUAGAAAUCAAGAGUAAUUGUUAAUGAUCUGUAUAAUAACCAAGUUAUUCAAUGUUUAAUUAUUUAUUUUUGUUGGUUCUUGCUUGUAAAUCAAUUUAGUGUGUAGCUAGUCAUGAUGUAUUUCCAGAACUUAUAUAUCUCAUGAAAUUAAUUUAUUUGCAUUUAAGCAUGUUAUACAUGAUCUCAUGAUGUUUUUGAAAUAGUAUGUACUUAAAUUCAUUUUACUUAUGCUAUAUAUUUUCAAACCAUGUUAUUUCAUAUCUUAUCCAAUUGUGAAAAGAUUUCUAGAAUGAUGUAUUUUAUUAUGUAUUUUAUUAUGCUCUUUUAUCUAAAUUUAUUUAUUACUAUCAAUUUAUUAUGACAUAAACUCUAAACUCAGUGGCGCGACAGCCCAUAGAGGGCCAAGGCCUACUGUGCCCAUCUCAGUUUUCUUGACCUUGGGCUCUGGGGUGAAGGAUCAGACGUUCCGGUUAGGUGGUCAGCCAAACCCAGUGUUUAGUUCCCAAGCAUGCUUGGUACUCAUUUAUCGACCCACUAAAGGGAUGAAAGUCUGUGUCGACCUUGCCCGGCCCGAGGAUCGAACCCAGGACCUGUGGCACGGGAGCCCUAAGCGCUACCACUCAGCCACCAGGCAUCUUAUUAUGACAUAACAGGAUAAUUAUUUUAUAAGUAACUCAUUAAUUUAAAUUUAAUAGUGUUUUCAUAGAGUGUUUUUAACAAAUCUUUGAGUAUUCAGGUACGUAUUUCAGACUUCUGUGAAAAGAAGUGCUAUGUUAAUUCUGCAUUUUUUUAAAAAUAUCAUUGAACUUAAUGCUUAGAAUUUGAAUUUUUGAAACAAUUUUGUUCUCUUUAAUUGUAUUUUGUACUUACUACGUGCUUUUGACAUACCUGCCAACUUUUACGCAUUUGGCGUAAAAUUUUAUUUUUAUAUUUAAAGU